AUGGAGGAGAAAUUUGUGGGACUUAUUGUACCCCCUCAAUCUGCCGAAUUAAAAGAAAUGGGAAAGAUGAUCAAACAUGUGCUUAGCUACAAGAAAAUUAUAGCUGUGAAUGCAAUAAACAAAAGUGGGCAAUCGCCGCUGGCAAUUCAUCUGCAAUUCCGAUCUGAAAAUCAAUCAGAUUCGGAGAUUAAAGACAUCUUACUUGAUGCUGGGGCCAAAAAAAUGAAGAGACGCAAACAGGAUUUCGUAGGGGAUGAUCACCUUGACCCUUCGUGGCAGAGUAAGAGAAGGAAUACAUUUAUGAUUGUAUCUUCACUGAUGGCAACAAUGGCAUACCAAGUCGGGGUGAACCCUCCUGGCGGUGUUUGGCUAGACGAUGCAGCAGCACACAAUGUCGGGAAAGCCAUACUUGCUUAUAACUACCCUGAUUUGUACCCGAUCUUCAUGUGCAUAAACACGGCAGGAUUCCUUUUGUCUCUAACUACAAUCUUACUGCUUAUUAUCGCCUUUGCAGAUCAAGAAUGGCGUUCAUGGUGGGCUCAAGCUUUCAUCUCCAGGUGUACGAUCCUGACAACGGCUAUUUCUUACACAUUUUCUGUCAUUGCAAUUUGA